AUGCAGCGACGCCCUUCCCUCGUCCCCGACCUGUUCCACAUCAAACGGAUCACUACGAGAGCUGGAUCACCCCCAACAACCCAUACUGAAAUCUGCGGGACUUGCACAGACCUUGAUUCAGCCCAAAAGGUUGCACUCCGCCGCCUUGAGGAUGAGGGCUUAUCUCACGACUCGAUGAACAUCUAUGUGACGAAUGACAUUACCCAACCUUCAUCAACUUGGCAAUAUGCGAACAACGUCGUUGUCCAUGCCGAGACGGACGGUGAAAUUCAUGAGGUCGGGAUCGAAAGCACGCCGAACUCUCUGGGCGUUCGCUCCAAGCCAGGUGAUGGGAGAGUAGAGGAUGAUCUCUUCUAUGUUCUCCGCACAACCCAGUCACCCACCACCGGAUUCACAUAUACUGAGAUCAAAGGGAUACAUUUGUCUCGACAGGCGGCUGUAACUGCCGCCCGAUACGACCUGGUUAGUGGUGAGCACAAACAGGAUUGGUACAAGGACUACAAAGAGGAAGUCGGAGUAGGUGACAGGGCAGAAGACAUCGAAGGGCACCAGGUUAUCGUGACUGCGGCUGGAGACGAUGGCGAGAAGUACAUUGUCAGCGUGGUCCAUGAGAGCUGA